CCCAUUUCACUUUACAUUUUUCGCUUUUCCCUUUUCCCUUUUCUGUGCAUUUCUGCGUAUGCGUAUUUUUUACGAACCAUUUGUGUUUUAACUUCCGCUUGAGGAAAAACCGCUUCGCGUGGCUUCGCAUCACUUCGCUUGGCUUCAUUCCACUUCUCAUCUCUUCGCUUCCGCUCACGCAACUGCUUCUUACUCACGUGAGAGGAAAGAACGUAACCCGCGUGGAAAAAAAAGCAAAAUGGCGUACGUCAAGGUUGUUAAGAACAAGGCCUACUUUAAGAGGUACCAGGUGAAGUACAGGAGGCGAAGAGAGGGCAAAACGGACUACCGCGCGCGGAAGGCGCUGAUCCUGCAGGACAAAAACAAGUACAACGCGCAGAAGCUGCGAUUUGUGGUGCGGAAGACCAACUGCCAGAUCAUCUGCCAGAUAGCGAGCGCGCACAUUGAGGGAGACAAAAUCCUGGCGGAGGCAAAGUCCAAGGAGCUGAUUCGCUAUGGAAUCCCCGUGGGACUGAAGAACUACGCAGCUGCAUACGCCACGGGGUUGCUAUGCGCAAGGAGAUUUCUCAAGUCCCUCAAUUUGGACACCCAAUUUUUAGGUGUAGAGAAAUUCACAGACGAUAUGAACGAAAACGGGGAUGAUAAGGAAGAUGAUGAAGAAAGAAAACCAAUUAAAGCUUUCCUAGAUGUUGGUAUCACCAGAACGACGACUGGCAAUCGAGUCUUUGCUGCUUUGAAGGGAGCAUGUGAUGGAGGGUUGAAUAUCCCCCAUGGCACGAACAGAUUCCCUGGCUCGAAAAAUGAGUUUAACCCAGAGCAGCUGAGAAAGAACAUCCUGGGCAUUCACGUGGCAGAAUAUAUGAAGACGUUACAAGAGGAAGAUAUGGAUAAGUACAAGGCGCACUUUAAUGAUUAUAUAAAGAACAAAAUCGAUGCGAAUAAUAUCGAGCAGAUGUACCUGAGUGCCCAUGAGAAGAUUAAGAAAAAUCCGGAGAAGGUGCAGAAGGGCAAGGACAAGGUGAAGAAGUUCGUGGCCAAGCACGAGAAGCCCAAGAAGCUCAACGCCAAGUUGAGGAAGAAGCGUGUCAAGGAAAAGUUGGCCAAGUACGUGGAGAAGUUGCAGUGACGCCCGAGAAGCGGCUGAAGCAGACGCAACUGAGAAGCGCUAUGUGAAGAGCAGCCCAGUUUAUUAGCUGUGCAGUGUGCGCAUAUACUUAUGUGCUACCCCUGAAGAGGAAUGAUAGCUCAAUACGUGCAUAUGCUUUGACGCGCGUGUGGAGAGUAGGCCACCCGCACAGAUGCCUGGCGUGUGUUAUCUACCCCUCCCCCUGUGCAUCAAAAAUACAUUUUUUUUUUUUUUUUUGGCGAAAUGUUACGAAAGCAAUUUCCCAACGGUGCAUCGCCGAGUAGAAGACCACUCCGAAAUAGUUUCGCAAAAAAGCUACGAUUUAAAUUUUUUUAAA